AUGUCCGGCGGAAUUGCGCGCGGGCGGCUCACGGAGGAACGCAAGGCUUGGAGGAAGAAUCACCCCCAUGGUUUCGUGGCUAAACCAGAGUCGAUGCCUGAUGGGACUGUGAAUUUGAUGGUGUGGCACUGCACCAUCCCUGGUAAGGCUGGGACUGAUUGGGAGGGUGGUUAUUACCCUCUCACGAUGCACUUUAGUGAAGACUACCCUAGCAAACCGCCCAAGUGCAAAUUUCCUCCAAAUUUUUUUCAUCCUAAUGUGUAUCCGUCUGGGACUGUUUGUUUGUCAAUCCUCAAUGAAGACAGUGGGUGGCGCCCGGCUAUAACAGUGAAGCAAAUUCUGGUGGGCAUACAGGAUUUGUUGGACCAGCCUAAUCCUGCUGACCCAGCACAAACAGAGGGGUACCAUCUCUUUAUACAGGAUGCCGUUGAAUACAAGAAGAGGGUUCGGAGCCAGGCCAAGCAGUACCCACCUCUUGUCUGA